AUGUCACUCCGCGGUGUCUCGCUUCUCCGUUCUGCGCGCCGCGUCACUUCCAUCCGGAGCACAACCGGACCACUCCGCACGCUCGGCGCGCUGGGAGCUACCCGCUCUCACACCACUCGCGACCGAUACUUCCUCAAGCCGCUGAAGGAGACCGAGCCAGAGCCUAACUAUGAAUACCGCUUCCUCGCUGAGCCGGCGACUGUCGAGAUCCUCUCCUACGCCUUCUCUGGAGGCCAGCCUCGAGCUGGUGUUGACCAGGGUCCCGGAGCGCUGAUCAAGGCGGGACUUCCGGCGCAGCUCGAAAAGCUGGGCUGGUAUGUCGAGCACAACCCGACGCUUGAGGCUGAGAUCGCCGAGCUCACGAACAAGACAGAGGAGGAAGACAAGGCGAUUGGCAAGCUGCGCAAGCCUGUUUCGGUCUCUGCCGUCAAUGAGCGACUCGCGGACGAUGUUGCGCGAGUCGCGGGCGAGGGCAAGCUCCCUCUGACGCUGGGCGGUGACCAUUCUCUUCGGCAACCUGCACGGCUGCCCUAUCUCCUUCCUUCUCGGCCUCGAGGGCACCGACAUCCCGCCCUUCAACAUCUGGCUGCAGCCGUGUCUGCGUCCCGAGGACCUGUAAGCUUACCUGAUCGAUUGGUAGCUAAUGCUAGUGUGUACAUCGGCCUUCGCGACAUUGACGCCGGAGAGAAGCACAUUCUGAAGUCGCUCGGCAUCAAGGUGUUCACGAUGCACGACGUGGACCGUCAUGGUAUCGGCAAGGUCGUCGACAUGGCUCUCGCCCACGUUGGCGCCGCGCGCCCGAUCCACCUUUCGUUCGACGUCGACGCCCUCGACCCCACCGUCGCGCCGAGCACUGGCACGCCGGUCCGUGGUGGCCUCACAUUCCGUGAAGGAGGUGAACCCGACGCUGGCGGACGAGGUGUCGGCGGAGCAGACGAUCGCGGUUGGAUGUUCGCUCGCGCGGGCGGCGCUGGGUGA